ACAAAGAAGAAGAAGAAGACGAAGAAGAAGCAGAAGAAGCAGAAGAAGAAACAGGGCUUCUCUGCGCGUGACAGUCUUCCGGUCCGUCUGUCCGCUGGCUGUAAUCGGUCACUGCUCAUCUGUCCUGCUUUUUUUUUUUUACGACAGCCAAAUGAGCCGAACGGCAACGGCAGACCAACGCACUUAAUGCUCUCGCGUGCGGAAAUGGCCGACGACGAAAUGGACUACAACAUCGUGUUUCCAGACGCGGGCACGUCUGAGAAACACUGGCAGGGGACAAAGGAGCCCGUUGUGAUUCUGCUGGGCUGGGCUGGCUGCAAAGACAAACACCUCUCCAAGUACAGCUCCAUCUACAAUGAACAGGGAUGCGUCACCAUCCGCUACACGGCCCCCCUGAAGACGGUCUUCAUCUCGGAGUCCUUCGGCUACAAGGAGCUGAGCAGCACGGCCCUGAAGCUGCUGGAGGUCCUCUACGACUACGAGGUGGAGAACAGCCCCGUCUUCUUUCACGUGUUCAGCAACGGCGGCUUCAUGCUGUACCGCUACGUCAUCGAGCUGCUGGCUAAGGACGAGCAGUUCCGCUCCCUGUGUGUGAUCGGGGCCCUGGUGGACAGUGCCCCCGGCAGUGGGAAUGUUCGUGGGGCCCUGCGUGCGCUGGCGGCAACCCUGGGCCCUAAAAUCACCCCCCUGCUGCGGUACGUCCUCCUGGCCCUCUUCGCAGUGACCGUCUUCCUGCUGCGGAUCGUGCUGUACCCGCUGACCAAGUACGUGCACAAGAACCACUACGAUGCCGUGCAGGAGAGGCCGCCCGAUUGGCCCCACUUCUACCUGUACUCCAGGGCCGACCAGGUGAUCCGGCACCGUGACGUCGAGCUCUUUGUGGCGGCUGUGAAGCAGAAGGGCGCCUCGGCGGACAGCUUCGACUUCGUCUCCAGUCCCCACGUCGGCCACUUCCGGGACUUCCCCGAGCAGUAUGCCCUCAAGUGCCGCAAUUUCCUGGCGGCCUGCAUGAAGGACGUGGAAGGGGCCGAGGCAAAGAAGAGACGGAGGGUCCAAGAUCAGUGAGACCGCAAGAGAUUUUACUGAUUGUCUUGUCAAGAUAAAUGGACCACUUCUUAGUUGUCUGGGGUAAAAAAAACAGUUAGAAAACGCAGACGAUUUCAAAGAGACGGCUGGAUUUUGAGCUGAAAUUUUAUGACAAAUCUUGGUGGCUUCUUCCCCGUCCCAGUGCACAAUACCAAGGUUCCACAGACGUGGUCUAGGUGCCUAAUCCACGUCCGGAAAGAAACAACCAGACGUAUGCGGCACAAAGGCCCGAACCCUGCCGAUGCCGACGUGUUCUCAUCACACACCAUAUGUAAUAAUAAAAACGACAACAAUACAAACAAUUGCUCUACACUGGAAAAAUAACACUUCCUCUAGGAUGAUUUCAUUGGUAUUUAAUAUGGCUGUGAAAUGUGAUCGUACAUUAGUGGUAGUGAUUCUAAAUCGGAGGCUGGGUGUCGAAUGGCGAUUUGUAUCUUCUAUCUAUAAAACAUACAAUGUAUUUAUUAUUUAAAAGUGUCAGUCAAUAUUUAAUACACAUUCCCACAGUUUAGUUUUCUUUUUUCGCCAAGGGAAAUGUAGAAUACCCACUCCUAUAUACUUGAUUUAGUUGAAGUAAAUAGGUAAUUAAUUGACGAUGAAUGUAUGUGUCCAGCACAACUAUUGUGUUCUUUCUAACUGAUGUGCCUUCAAUAAAUUCGAAUGCUCGU